AUGAUCGUGGAAAAGCCCAAGGCGCGCAGGUUUGUAUACACCAUGCACGGCGUACACCACGAGUUUCCCAGGGAUAAGGAACGCCUGUUUAUGCCGCCGGUACCCAGCAUGAUCAUUGCUACUGUACUGUUCAGUCUUUUCUACCUGGCCAUGAGCUGGAAUGCCCUUGCUUUUUUCCCCGGUUUCCUAUUUGGCUACCUGGUCUACGGAUCUAUGCACUAUGCCAUUCAUGCAUUUGCCCCGCCCCGCUUUUUAAAAGCACUGUGGCGCAACCAUCACCUGCACCACUAUAAGGCGGAGGACAAAGGCUUUGGGGUUAGCUCCGUAUUGUGGGACGUUGUUUUCAAGACCGUGCCCAAGAAGGAAGAAGAGGUGAAGAAAACCGCAUAG